UCGUAUUACAUUAAUUGUGAGGUGUUGUUCGGAAAUUUGAGAAAUGAAAGGUAUCACUAGUCUAUUAGUCGCUACUUUAUUUCUUUACACCCAGGGUGUUCCUCUGGAAAAAUCAGAAUGGGAAACUGCACUUGGGAAGCUGCGAGAAGAAAACGGUUUAAAAAAAGAAGAAAUACUUCCCUAUCCUCGUACUUUAAAUGAUGCAGAAGACACACCGAAAGUAGACUAUAAACAAUUGUUUUUGAAGAAGUUUAACCACCGUAACCACAAAAAUGAUAACACAGAUACUGGAAAAUGGAAGCUACCAAUUCCUUCAGACGUCCUUUUACGACUCAAGAGUGGUGAUUCGAGUAUACCUCGUAAAAAUAGUGAUCGUAUCAAAAAUGAUCACAGAACCGAUCUUAAAAAAGAGAACUCGGAUGAAGGAUCCGAUGGAAAUUCUGAUGAACAUGUUCCCAUCGAAAAAAAUUACGACUUGAAGGAUUCUUCUGGCGAAAAGGCACACAAAAAAGAUCGUCAUGCAAAAAGGUCAGCCAGAAGAAAGGAUUCUGACGAAGAUACUAACGAGAACUCUGACGACAAUGAUAACGAUACGAGCAAUUCUAACGUUAAAAAAUCACACGAAAGCCAUCGAAGAAGAAAUUCAAACGGAAGGAAUCAUUGUGAACAAAACUCACAAGAAAAUGAUUCUGACGAGGAUUCCAACGAGGAUUCUGACGACAAUGAUAGCGACAAGAGCGAUUCUAACGAUAAAAAAUCCCACGAAAGCCAUCGUAGAAGAAAUUCAGACCGAAGAAAUCAUCGUAAACAGAACUCAAAAGAAAAUGAUUCUGACGAGGAAACUAUGGAGGAUUCUGGUGACAAUGAUAGCAACGAAGAUUCUGACGACAAUGAUAGCAACAAGAGCGAUUCAAACGAUAAAAAGUCACACGAAAGCCAUCGUAGGAAAAAUUCAAACCGAAGAAGUCAUCGUAAACGGAACUCAAAAGAAAAUGAUUCUGACGAGGAUUCCAACGACAGUGAUAGUAAUGAAACAAAUGCUAGCGAUAAUGAACCUUGCUCGGAGGAUAGCGACGAAGAUGAUUCCUCCAAUGACAAAUCGAGUAACAGACGUAAGCAACAAGAAAUAAAGGAAUUUUAUUUAAACCUACGCAAUCAGCACAAAAUCAACGAGCCUCCAGCACCCUGGAAUUGGAAAAUAAAACCCAACGGCGUACAAGAGUUUAAAGAAAACCAAUGGAAGAAACAUUUAGAACAUAUCUUGCAAAUUCAAGGAAAACGGACGGAGAUAGAACGCAAGAUAGAAGAUGUUAAAAAUCAAGGAAACGUACUGUUGGCGAAUCUUUAUGCUAACAGAUGGAAGAAGCAAGAAAGAGACAAGUAUUUGAUUCAGAAGAAAAUGGAUGAUAUAAGUAAGCAUAUAUUAAAAAGUGAACGGAAUUUAGCCGUACAGAAAAUAAUGGACAUUUGUAAUAUUCGAGCAGACAUGGAUACUUAUGUCAAAAUUCAAUUGUUAAAAGAAUGUAGAAGAAAUAAUAUUCUUGCGUGGAAAAACAUUAUCAAUGAUUCGUCGCUUAUUAAACCGAAACCGUCAAAUGGUGAAUGGAAAGGACCGAUAGAAAGAGAGAAAACUACGGUAGACAAUUAUAUUAAGCUUCUGGAAAUUUUAACGAAAUUGAAUAAGGAGAAAUUGAAUGAGGAAGCUAUAUUGGCUAUAUUGUUGCACGGGAUAGAUGACGUGUUAAGACAAAGAAAUAAUAGUACAAAUACGGAAUCUCCAGUAAACAGUGAUUCGACAGUUUCGGCAAGUACAAGUAACAGCAACGAAACCAGUUCAAACGGUGUUGACAGUGCAACUGAUCCAGUAACCAGACCAGGAACAUAUUCGGACAAUUCUAAAGAUAACGGUAUCACGGAAGGUACAUCAAACAAUGGGACGACUGAGGCCGCAGAUGAUGAUUCGUUGGGCAAAGGUGACGAAGCCUACAAUGAUAAAAAUCAACAAUCUGAUUCACAAGGUUCUAAAACUACAUCAGCUAAUGAUCAAAAAGUAGAAUCACAAACUGAUGAAAAUGUUUCAACAAACGGAGGAUCAAAAAGUGGAGAUCAGGAUUUAGCAACAGAAGGUCAUGUUACAGAAGAUAUAUCAAACAGUGGAAAGACUGAGACUGCAGGUGGAGAUUUGUUGGACAACAAGGCUUCCAAUAAUGAAAAUCAACAAUCCACUUCAUCGACUUCUGACACUGUGACGUCACGUGAUGAUCAAGAAGUAGAAUCUCAGAUUGAUCAAAAUAUUUCAACGAACGGAGAAUCAAAAGUAAUAGGUGGGGGACCAGCAACAGAAGCUUACACUGCAGAAGUUACAUCAAAUGAUUGGACGACUGAAGCUGCAGGUGGCGAUUCGUUGGACAACACUGACAAAGUCUCCAGUAAUGAAAAUCAUCAAUCUGAUUCACCGGCUUCUGAAAUUGCAACAUCGGGUGAUGAUGAAAAAGUAGAAUCACAAACUGAUGAAAAUGUUUCAACGGUUGAAGGAUCAAAAGUAAUAGGUGAGGGACCAGGAACAGAAGUCAAUGUUGCAGCAGAUACAUUAAAUAAUGGGAUAAGUGAGGCUGCAGGUGGUGAUUCGUUGAACAACACUGACAAAGUCUCCAGUAAUGAAAAUCAUCAAUCUGAUUCACCGGCUUCUGAAAUUGCAACAUCGGGUGAUGAUGAAAAAGUAGAAUCACAAACUGAUGAAAAUGUUUCAACGGUUGAAGGAUCAAAAGUAAUAGGUGAGGGACUAGGAACAGAAGUCAAUGCUGCAGAAGAUACAUUAAAUAAUGGGACGAGUGAGGCUGCAGGUGGUGAUUCGUUGAACAACACUGACAAAGUCUCCAGUAAUGAAAAUCAUCAAUCUGAUUCACUAAGUUCUGAAAUUCCAACAUCGGGUGACGAUCAAACAGUAGAAUCACAAACUGAUGAAACUGUUUCAACGAAUGAAGGAUCAGAAGUAAUAGAUGAGGGACCAGGAGCAGAAGUCAAUGUUGCAGCAGAUACAUUAAAUAAUGGGACGAGUGAGGCUGCAAGUGGUGAUUCGUUGAACAACACUGACAAAGUCUCCAGUAAUGAAAAUCAUCAAUCUGAUUCACUAAGUUCUGAAAUUCCAACAUCGGGUGACGAUCAAACAGUAGAAUCACAAACUGAUGAAACUGUUUCAACGAAUGAAGGAUCAGAAGUAAUAGAUGAGGGACCAGGAGCAGAAGUCAAUGUUGCAGCAGAUACAUUAAAUAAUGGGACGAGUGAGGCUGCAAGUGGUGAUUCGUUGAACAACACUGACAAAGUCUCCAGUAAUGAAAAUCAUCAAUCUGAUUCACUGAGUUCUGAAAUUGCAACAUCGGGUGAUGAACAAAAAGUAGAAUCACAAACUGAUGAAAAUGUUUCAACAACCGAAGAACUGGAAAAUGAAAUAUGGAGUUCAACAAAAGGAGAAAGUCCUGCAGAAGACACUUCGAGCAAUGAGAAUGCUACAUCCAAAACAGACAACUCUUUAAAUAAUGGGAACAAGUCUUCCGAAAACAAAGAGAAUGAUUCUAGUUCAAAUACUGGUAAACCAUCAAUAUUGGAUAAAGAUCAAAGAUCAAAGUCUGUUUCAGCAAAUGAAGAAGAAGAUAAUGAAACUACAAAUUCGAAUACUGAAGAAGCUUCUACUGAAAGUAGCAUUGGUAAAUCGAACAUUGAAGAGGUAGCAAUCGAAUUGAAUAACUCUGGAAACAGCAGCAAAAAUCCGUCUAAUGAUGGAAAUGAAGAAUCCAGUUCACGUGUUGAUUCGCCUUCGUUGACUGGUGAUGAUCGAACAGAGAAGUCAGAAACCAAUGAACCCAUUGCAGAGGUAAUUACAGAGACGACUGAAAAGAGUACAGCGUUGGGGAUGAGUGAAAGUAGUACUGAUACAAUUGGCGCUAUAGCAGUCACAACUGAAGUGAUGAACCCUCUAGACGGUAGUGAUAUGUCCUCUAACGAUAUCGAUGUACAGGGGGACUUAAACACUGAACAGGACAUCGCAUUAGGUGUUGAAACUGGAGAGCAAGAAAAACAAAUACAAAAUUCUACGUCACAAGGCGACAGCGACAGAAAACGAUAAAUCGAAGUGACGGCA